AUGCUGCUGAAGAACAUGAAUGCUGUGUCCGAGUUUGCAAGACCAGUGAAGAAAGCCAAGAUCAAUAGUACAGGUCCUGAUUCCGACGUUUGGCAUUCCCUAGAAGCGAUCCAGGCUGGCAAACUCGUGACGUCACCGUUUCCGGAAGAGGGCGUACUGACAGUACCCCAACUACUCGAGCGGUCGGUGAAGCGCUAUGCUGAUCGACAAGCUCAAGGAAUUCGACCCUUGCUGUCUUGGAAAAAGGACGAAGGCUACAGAUUUCCAGCCAAGGUCUUUGGAGAGACGCACUGGCGAAGCUAUCGGGAAUUCGGUGAUUUAUGCAAGGCUUUUGGGGCUGGUUUGCGAGCACUUGGCUUGGAGCCGCAGCCUGAAGGAGAGUUCGACAGCCUCACUGGAAAGUUCAAGAUCAUGAUGUAUGAGGACACCUGUGCCGAUUGGCAGGUAUGCGCGUUUGGCGCCAUGUCGCAGAACAUCGUGGUGGCCACCGCCUAUGCGACCCUUGGGACCGAUGCAGUGGUCCACGCGGUCAACGAAGGAGCCGUUUCGGCCAUUGUGUGCAAUCGCAAAUCUGCGGAGGGCUUGGAGAAGAUUGCGGAGCAAAUGCCUUCCCUGGAGGCCAUUAUAUACCUGGACUAUUUGUGCACGCCCGAAGAAUGCCAAACCAAAUUGAAGAGCAGCUCCAAGUCGGUGAAACUUCUCUCCUGGCAGGAGGUCAUCGAGCUGGGCAAGGCCAACCCCAAGGAGUCCACUCCCGCGAAGCCUGACUCUAUCGCGGUGCUGAUGUACACCAGCGGCUCAACCGGCCCACCAAAGGGUGUGAUGCUGCAACAUCAACAACUGGUGGCAUUUGUUGCAUCAUGCUUCAUUCAAUUCUCAGAGGUCUUGGACGAUCUAGGAUCCCAUACCUUCCUCGGAUAUCUUCCACUGGCUCACAUUUUGGCAGUGGUAGCAGAGUUGCUUUUCUACACCACUGGCAACCGCAUUGCCUAUGCAGAUCCCAAGUCUCUUCUGCCAGGUCCCGAGAGGUGUUACCCCAAGGGAGCUCUUGAGGAGUUCGCUCCAACUUUGAUGGCUGGGGUACCGAAGGUCUGGGAGACCAUCAAGAAAGGUGCAGAGACGAAAGUUGAGAAGAGUGGACCUGUGGUGGCAUUUCUCUUCAAGCUGGCGAUGCGGAUCAAGAAAUCCGCGGUGCGGCAGAACCGCUACACACCGCUGUUCGACCUGUUGGUGUUCAAGAAGUUCAAGUCCAUGCUUGGUGGAUGUAUGAAGUUCACAUUAUCUGGCGGUGGUGCUAUCUCCCCUGAUGUUCAGGAAUGGGUGCGGACAGCCUUUGGCUGUCCGCUCAUUCAAGGUUACGGCCUUACAGAGACCUGCGGUGGCGCUGUGCUUCAAAAGCCGCUGGCAGAUCCAUCCGUUGGAUUCGUUGGAUCCGUCCUGUCCUCCGUCGAACUGACACUUCACUCAGAGCCAGAGAUCACCGACAACGAUGGCAAGCCCUACCUUUGUACAGACAAGGUGCAUUCAGAUGGCUCCGCCUGCUGCGGUCGGGGAGAAAUUUGGAUGAGAGGUAAUUCCAUCGGUUCUGGCUAUUACAAGCUGCCAGAGCAGACAGCAGCAGACUUCGACAACGACGGCUGGUUCCACUCUGGAGACAUCGGGCUGAUCACGCCCGAAGGAAAAGUCAAGAUCAUCGAUCGCAAGAAGAAUCUUGUGAAGCUGAAAGGUGGCGAAUACGUUGCCUUGGAGCUGAUCAAUGUGACCUACAACAAUCAUGAACUCAUCAACGCGGAUGCUGGAGGUGUGUGCUCUUUUGCAAGCCAUGAAAUCGAUCGGCCCGUCCUGCUUGCUCAGUGCAAGAAGAAGGAGCUCUUAGCUUUGGCUGCUGCGAAUGGCGUCACCGGGAAAGAUGAUGAUGCUCUUUGCAAAGACCCCAAGGUCAUGGCAGCUGUUAAGACUGCUCUGGAUGCAGUGGCGAAGGCACAUAAGCUUCCGGCCUUGAUGCAAGCGAUUGCAGUGAUGCCUGUGUUGGAGCCCUGGACCCGCGAAGUUCGGCUGCUGCUGGGGGGCUGUUCGGCUGUGAUGGAACCUGAUGAGUUUUUUUGCGAUCAGAUUGGACUGGUAGCAGUUCAGGUGGCCCAAGCCACGUGUCUUCGAUUUAGAGAUGCGAUAGGCUGCUGCAAACGAAAUGAUGACAAUCCUGCCCAGGAGUUGUCGUGCAGCUCUACCGAAGGUGCAGAGACGAAAGUUGAGAAGAGUGGACCUGUGCCCCAGCCUAAGGGCCUAAGGGCGAGGGUGGCAUUUCUCUUCAAGCUGGCGAUGCGGAUCAAGAAAUCCGCGGUGCGGCAGAACCGCUACACACUGCUGUUCGACCUGCUGGUCGCGAGCUCAGGUGUUCAAGAAGUUCAAGUCCAUGUUGAGAUCUCAGAAACCUCAGAAACCAAUGGUGCAGCCUGGCUUCCCAUUUGGGAAGUUCCACCAAUGGACGAAAUAGGAAGGCUUGGUGGAUGUAUGAAGUUCACAUUAUCUGGCGGUGGUGCCAUCUCCCCUGAUGUUCAGGAAUGGGUGCGGACAGCCUUUGGCUGUCCUCUCAUUCAAAGUUGGCUUCAAAAGCCGCUGGCAGAUCCAUCCGUUGGAUUCGUUGGAUCCGUCCUGUCCUCCGUCGAACUGACACUUCACUCAGAGCCAGAGAUCACCGACAACGAUGGCAAGCCCUACCUUUGUACAGACAAGGUGCAUUCAGAUGGCUCCGCCUGCUGCGGCCGGGGAGAAAUUUGGAUGAGAGGUAAUUCCAUCGGUUCUGGCUAUUACACGCUGCCAGAGCAGACAGCAGCAGACUUCGACAAAGACGGCUGGCACAGGGCCUUGGACGUUGAGCCCUUUCGCUGUUUCAACGGGCCGUUGGGCCGCGGUGUUGAGGUUCCACUCUGGAGACAUCGGGCUGAUCACGCCCGAAGGCUGUCCACUCUUGGAGGAAAAGUCAAGAUCAUCGAUCGCAAAGAGAAUCUUGUGAAGCUGAAAGAAGGCGAACACGUUGCCUUGGAGCUGAUCAAUGUGACCUACAACAAUCAUGAACUCGUCAACGCGGAUGCUGGAGGUGUGUGCUCUUUUGCAAGCCAUGAAAUCGAUCGGCCCGUCCUGCUUGCUCAGUGCAAGAAGAAGGAGCUCUUAGCUUUGGCUGCUGCGAAUGGCGUCACCGGGAAAGAUGAUGAUGCUCUUGCAAAGACCCCAAGGUCAUGGCAGCUGUUAAGACUGCUCUGGAUGCAGUGGCGAAGGCACAUAAGCUUCCGGCCUUGA